UAGCUAUGGUCUCUAGCUCCUAGAUGUUAGGUAGGCGAUUUAUAGUAAUAAAUUGCCUGUAAAUUACAAAAUUGUCUUAAUUUCGAUUAAUUCGAAAAUGACCAAUUUUUAUUACAAACAGUAUUCUUUCUAGAUUUUAUUUUAAAGUGAAAAUGGGUUCUAAAAUCAUGAUUGGGUUUUUGGGGUUGUCAACGGUGGUUGUGACUUUCCUGGCAACUCGUCUGUACAGAGACCUGCUUAUAAGCUAUGAGCAGAGCUCGCCUGCUCAUGAAUAUUCUUGGUUCUUUCACUUGUUACUAAACAUGGCUGGGUACUCCACAAUAUUGCUGCCAGGUUUCGUCAUCUACAAGUACAUACAGAAAACCAACUACUUCGACAAACUGAGCUCACCAGGCUGUUUGUCACGCAGCCUGUUCGCCAUAUUUGGAGACCCCGGCGAACGCUUGCCCACCACAGAUGCACCAAAAAUAGAAGACAGUCCGCGGCGCGAGGCAGCCGAGCUGGCGCUCUGCUUCAGCGGGCUCAUGACGGCUUACCUCGUGUGGGGGCUCUUACAGGAGAAAAUAAUGACACAGACCUACACGAUGUCCGACGGCUCAACAGUGAAAUUCAACGACUCUCAGUUGCUAGUGUUCAUCAACCGGCUCCUCGCGUUCUGUAUCGCAGUGGGCCGUCUACUCUGGACUAGGACUCCCCUGUUCCCGGUGCCGCUGUACCAGUUCUCGUACUGUUCUCUCAGUAACAUAGUCAGCGCUUGGUGUCAGUAUGAAGCGCUCAAAUAUGUCAGCUUCCCUAUGCAGGUGCUAUCCAAAUCGUGUAAAGUGAUCCCGGUGAUGCUGAUGGGCAAGGCCGUGUCGGGCAACAAGUACGAGCUGUACGAAUACGUGACGGCCGCCAUGAUCUCGCUGGGCAUGGUGUUGUUCAUGCUUGCCAGCAAGGAUGAAUAUGCAGCGGGCACAUUCUCCCUCGCAUCAGGGGUAACCCUCCUCGCGCUGUACAUGUGCUGCGACAGCUUCACGUCGUCGUGGCAGGCGCGGCUGUUCGCACGCACCCGCGCCGCGCCGCUGCACAUGGUGGGCGGCGUCAACCUGUUCUCCGCGCUGCUCACCGCCGCCGCGCUGCUGCAGCAGACGCCCGCCACCGCCGUCAACCCGCGCUGGUCGCUGCUGCAGGCGCGGCUGUUCGCGCGCACCCGCGUCGCGCCGCUGCACAUGGUGGGCGGCGUCAACCUGUUCUCCGCGCUGCUCACCGCCGCCGCGCUGCUGCAGCAGACGCCCGCCACCGCCGUCAACCCGCGCUGUUCGCUGCUGCAGGCGCGGCUGUUCGCGCGCACCCGCGUCGCGCCGCUGCACAUGGUGGGCGGCGUCAACCUGUUCUCCGCGCUGCUCACCGCCGCCGCGCUGCUGCAGCAGACGCCCGCCACCGCCGUCAACCCGCGCUCCCUCCUCGCGCUGUACAUGUGCUGCGACAGCUUCACGUCGUCGUGGCAGGCGCGGCUGUUCGCGCGCACCCGCGUCGCGCCGCUGCACAUGGUGGGCGGCGUCAACCUGUUCUCCGCGCUGCUCACCGCCGCCGCGCUGCUGCAGCAGACGCCCGCCACCGCCGUCAACCCGCGCUGGUCGCUGCUGCAGCACCCGCAGUUCGCGACCGACGUGGUCCUGCUGUCGGUGAGCUCGGCGCUGGGGCAGCUGCUCAUCUACCGCACCAUCGCGCGCUUCGGCGCGGUCGUCUUCACCAUCAUCAUGACACUGCGGCAGGCGGUGUCCAUCCUCCUGUCGUGCCUCGUGUACGGGCACCGGCUGUCGUUCGCGGGCGUGGUGGGCGUGUGCGUGGUGUUCACGGCGAUAUUCCUGCGCGUGUACUGCCGCCAGCGCCUGCGCCGCCGCCGCGGCGCCAGCACCUAGCGCCGCGCCGGCGCCGACGGGACGAGGAACGUGCGCAGGGAGAGCCAAGUGUAGAAUAAGGGCUCAUUAGGGGCCAGUUGCACCAACCACGUUUGACAGACUGAUCAUCGUCAGCCGGCGCGCCUCGUCGCUUUAUUAUGAAACUCUCCAUAGAUAAAAAAUUUACGAACUCUUUAACGAUACGAACAGCUUGGUGCAGCGAGUUUCAUUACAUUGCUGUUUUUGAUCGGUCGGUUGAAUUGGAAGUAACCAACAGUCCGCAAUGUAACUAAAAUGGCAUGCGAGUUCGCGCGCCGUCGAAAUCAGCCCUAAAGGAUAGGCUUGUUGCCUGACUCACGACAAUGUGUUCCUAGCUAGUGUAUUUUAGGAUCUCGGCGCCCAGGCCUCAUUCUGUUGGUCGCUCCGUAGCCGCCCGAAACAGACCACGAAGUUAAGCUUGCGUCGCCCCAAGCCCUUUUGGCUAUAGGGUAAAUACGUAUGCCUCUGUACUCGUACCUAGUACACGGUUAACCCUUUGAGCGCCACGACUAUUCUAUAUAACGAGCCAUCUUAAAUUUUAUUCCGUGCGCCUGUCAUCUUCGACAGUUAAAGGGUUAAUAUCCGUAGUUAGCGGGAGUGCUUGAGGAGUAAACCAGUGUUAAAAUCUACGAGCCUAUAUCUGGAUCCGGAUCUGGUGUGUUCGUUACUGGUUGGAUCCGGAUUGAAAAUCUGCCCUCCACUUAUCGACUUAUUGAGAUAAAAAUAUUGGCAGAGUUAAGAACGAACGUAGUAUGUAGUGUAGAGUACGUUGCAUAAGGGUUCCCCUACUUAUGUCGACGCGGAAUCGGCAAAAUACGAGAAGAAAAAGCUUUAUGUCCGCGCAAUAAGAGCGAAAAAGUCUUCUUUCGGCUCGGCUCACAUCGGCCGGCAUCUGCCUUUUUCGCUCUUAUUGCGCGGACAUAAAGCUUUUUCCUAUCGGCUUUUGCCGAAUGCGCGUAGAUAUAUCUGGGGAGACCCUAAAACUGUUCUUCUAACCUAACCUAACCUGAAAGAUGCUCGAAUUCUUAUUUAUAUAAGUGAUAUAAUGCAUGUUGAUGUUGACUUAACUAAAGAAGUUGAGGGCCAGAAUUACAUUUAAAUAAUUAAUUUCCGAUAUACUGGUUCGAUUGCAUUGAUAUUUUAAGUCACUAGGAUAAAACUGGCUGGAGUCGGACCGCAUUUUCAAUGUGACUAUAGGUACAUUAUAAAUGGCAGAAGCGAUUCAGUCCGACCGGAGCCGAGCGCGUCCGCUAGCUAUCGACCUGAUGCUUGUGGCCAUACAAAUGUGAAAUGCGCUCCGACUCCGCUUGU